CGAAUAUCAAUAUAAUUUAAUUAUUACUUUACACACACAUCCUGUCUCUUUAAGUUAGAUUCCAAAUUAAACCGCUUACGGUGCAACCACACGGGAGGUGUCGCGGUAGAUUCAGCAAUUCAUCCAUCCCCGUCCAACUUCUCCUUCUAGUUCUGAGCUAGAUCAUCUCUCCCCGCAAUAAACAUCCCAUCCCAGGCCAGCCAGAUUGGCAAUACUUGCCUGUAGUUAAACUACAUGCAUACAACUAAUCUCCCAAGAAAACAGUAGAAAGAUAACGGGGACAGAAAAUGUCCUGGGCAACGGUCCUCACAACCACAGCCUUCUAUGCCAUCUACCCCGUCACCAUCACCGCCAACAUCCUACUGACCGUUCUACAAGCACUCGCUACUCCCUGCGUACAUGUGGUACUCUAUAUAUUCCAUAUCUGUAUCUUAUUGCCCCUGCGCUUCUUGCUAAAAUUCGAGUCGCUAUACAUCUUCCUCAGCGUCGCUGGUGCCCUUGGUGUGUCCGCGGGGAUAUCUUUGCAUUUCUUGUCUGGGUAUAUGCAUCAAUUGCUUAAUAUCAGCCCUGGAAGCGAGGACAACGAAUUCCCAGACAGCAAGAAUAAAAUAGUUGGUGAUGGUAGUAGUAAUAGCCGCUAUCUACCCAGCCCAAGCCAAAAAAUCAGACGUAGAAAUAAGAAGGGGGAUGAGGAACGGACGGGAAUGCGGGGUUUGUGGCGAUUGCCCGCGUUUAAGACAGAGCGAGUGGGUAAGGGGUUGGGCAAAUGGGAAAGUGAAGAUGAAGAUGAAAAGGAAAUUGGGAAUAGGAGUGGUAGUGAGUGGAUUUAUAAGGGGGAGAGGGAUAAAGAGAACCUGCUUGUGACGAUGAUUCUGGAGGAGGAUGAGGAGGAGGAUGACGAUGGUGAGGGUAACAUGGAUGAGGAUGAGGAUGAUGAUUGUGAUUAUGAUUAUGAUGAUGAUGUUGAUGAUGAUGAUGAUGAUGAUGAUGAUGAUGAUGAUGAUGAUGAUGAUGAUGAUGAGAGGAUAUAAUCCACUAUCUGAAUGAGUAUUGCUGGAAUCCGUAUGUUGAUUUGCUUGUUAUUUUUGCCUA